AGAAUGCACGAAAUAUUCGAAAAAAUCUGCGAAACUCAAUUGUUGCCUAUUUUAGCGUAAGGAAGCAGAUUUAAUGGUAACGUAUAUUUAAUUCUGGUGGAAAAUGCCCUUUCACGGCGCUAUCGUGGUUAUAAAGAGGUCAGGGGCAGAUGGAUCAACAUUUCCACUAGUCAACGAAGAGUGUGUACUGGGUCGAGGUGAGGGAUGUGAUAUUAGAAUACAGAUCCCUACCGUAAGCAAGGAGCAUGCAAAGAUCACGGUUGAUCUUCAAUCUGGAAAGGUAUAUUUGUAUGCGUUAAGUAAGACAAACCAGACCAAGCUGAACUCCAAGAGUAUCCAACAUGGAGUUCAAACAAGGCUUAUGCAUGAUGACGUUUUCACUAUUGGAGACAGACACUUCAGAUGGGAAUACCCAGGAGGUACUAUCCUUAUGCUAGAGGUCCGUAUACCUGAAAGUGUACAGGAGAACAGGGAUCCAGAGAACCAAGGAAUCAAGGUUCUAACUCCGAGGAUGAAGCCUCCUGGUUCCAUGGAUGUAAGCUCUGCUGUCAAGAGGUUAAGAGAGGAGGAGAGUACUCCGUCAAGAAAGAAAAGAGUCUCAUUUGGGCCAUAUGUUUCUCCGGAGUAUUUUGAUAAAGCGCUUCCUCCUUCUACUCCUGUCAGAAAGGGAGCUGUUCCACCUACGGAGACACCCAAGGCUAAACUUGCUGAAUCUGCUAGGAAGCGUGUAGCUGCUCUGCCAAGACAGGACUCCAUAGAGGAGGAAAGCCCCAAGGGUGUUUUAAGGAGGAAAGAAAAUGAUGAUCCUCUAAUAAAGGAGAACUCAGGGUUUAGAUCUUCACCUCGUUCCUCUCCAAUCCGUUCUCCUAAAGUAUCAGGUUCAUCUGUAACCGUAACCCUCAAUAAAACUCCUAAACGUAGUGUUGAGAAGGAAAAUACUCCAAGCAAAAAGAUGAAGGUGGAGACUCCUAAAUCUGCUCAGAAGCAUGUUCCACUUGAUACACUUGAACUGAAGCACUUGACAUCUCUUACUAAAAGUCCCAAACCAUCUUCUCCAAAAUCAACAACUCCCAAGAAGAAGUCGGCUUUUCCUGUACCCUCGGUUUCGAAGGUAUCUCCAAAGCCAACUACUCCCAAGGCCAGAAGUCCUAAAAUGGUUAUUGCUAAAACUGUGACACCUAAAGUAGGAACCCCCAAGAAGAGCCCCAAGUCCACAAGUCCAAAGCUGGCUGUGUCAAAAACAUCUGUUGCAGUUAAAGGUAUGAAAAUAGACAGAAUUGUGAAAAGGAAGUUGGUAUCUCCAAAACUUACUCCAAUGACAAAGGGAAUUAAGCGUAAAUCAAGCAUCAGCCCCCCAAACAAGAUGAAGAAACUUAAGGCUAGUCCUAAAACCCCGCUUAUGAAGAAAAUUGGAGGAAAGAGUACUAAAAGUUUCUACACCAAUUUACCAGAGACUCCAAAGGGUGUUUACAAUCUUGCUAAAACUCCAAAGGUCAAGGUUCUUAAGAAGAUGGCUCCCAAAACCCCUUUGUUGAACAAAUUGGGAGGGAAGAGUACUAAAAGUUUUUAUUCAAACCUGCCAUCAACACCAGUAUAUAAUCUACCGAUGACCCCUGAGUUGACCAAUAUUCAGGUUCAAAGGCUGAAAGCAGGAGACAAACCCCAUUCACCUGGGCAAGUGAGGUCUGGUGGGAAGAGUCGAACUCCAGUUCUUAAAGGAACCAACACUCCACUUAAAAGUCUCAAGGGUGUAAGUAAAACCCCAGUUCCAAAAUCAGCUAAGAAACCCGUGAGAGGGCCUCUUUGGUCUGAGAUUGCCGCAAGAAAUACUGAAGUGAAGCAUCCCAAGCCUUUAAUCAGAAGAGUUACUACUGGGAAAGUUGUGAAGAGAAAUGUCAACGUUUCAAAGACUCCACGAAAGCUGAAGGUAGGAGUAAGCACUCGGCAUGCUGAAUCGCCGGAAACAAUUGUUAUCUCCCGGAAAACAGUGAAGACUCCAAUUGUUACUAAAAAGGGAAGAAAAACUCCUUUCAAAAUGGGAAAAGCUUUUAGAAUGGGAAUGGAUCAGCACCUAGAAGGAGUUUCUGAUUUGAUGAAGACUCCUAAACCAAAGGCAAUGCAAAGGAAUUCAUUAAACCCCAAGUCAGCCAAGGCAAAAAUACCUAAAACUUCAAAGGUUGCAACACCUAAGGUUUCUGGGCUCAAAUCCCCAAAGUUUACUACACCUAAAACUCGAAAGGUUUCUACUCCUGAGCCGGCCACUACAAAAACUCCUAAGGUAACCACCCCUAAGACUGCUACACCUAAAUCUGCCAGACCUAAAACCUCUGAGAUUAGUACUCUGAACACGGCUACCCCUAAAACUGCCACACCCAAAACCCCUAAGGUUUCCACUCCUAAAGCUUCCAACAUUACCACUCCCAAGAUGGCUACUCCUAAAGCUUUCAAGGUUACCACUCCAAAAACAGCUACUCCUGAAGUUCCCAAGGUUACUACUCCCCAGACGGCAACUCCUAAAGCUCCCAAGGUGUCCACUCCAAAAGCGUCUACUCCUAAGGCUCCCAAGACGGCCACUCCUAAAGCUUUCAAGGUUUCUACUCCAAAAACUGCCACACCCAUAACUGUCAAGAAUUUCACUCCCAAAACUGCAACACCAAAAACUCCUAAGAUGGCUACUCCUAAAACUGCCACAUCCAAAACUCCGAAGGUUUCCACUCCUAAGCCGGCUACUCCUAAAACUGCAACACCAAAAACUCCUAAGGUUUCCACUCCUAAGACGGCUACUCCUAAAACUUCAACACCGAAAACUCCAAAGGUUUCCACUCCUAAGAUGGCUUCUCCUAAAAUUGCUACACCCAAAACUUUCAAAGCUUCAACUUUCAAGGUGGCUACUCCCCAAACUGUCAAAUCCAAGGCUUCUACUCCAAAAUCAGUCCCUACUAUAACCAUUACCUUAGCUUCUCCUCUGGUUAAAUCUCCCAAAACUCUGAAGAAAUCCACUAAGAAAGUAGCGUCUAACAAGACACCAAAAUCCACGAAAAAGGGAGUUGUUGCUAGACCACUUUGGUCAGAGGUUUUGAGAAGGAAUUUAGGGAAGACUCCCAAGAAGAUGGUAAACCUAGAGCCGAAGAGGAUCACCAAGAAAACAAAGAAAGUAGCAAAAAGUAAAACCCCUGCAAAAUUUCGUAAACCUGUUUCCAGCACUGGCCAUGCUGACUCUCCCGAAUCCCUGGUAAUCGGACGAAAACUUACCAAAACUCCUGUUGUUACGAAGAAGGGGAGAAAAUCAGCGAUCCGACCAGGUGGACGUCCUGUUAAGGACACAACCAACUUCGACGGUUUGGCUCAGCUCAUGAAGACCCCAGCGUCCAAGAAGACUAAGGCAAUUUUUACUCCGAAAACUUCUUCCGUGAAGAAAGCAAAACCAUCCACUCCAAAAUCAGCCACAAAAACUUCUCCUGCUAAAUCAGCAAAGAAGUUGAACCCAGUAAAGACUAUUCAAGCUAAGUCUCCUGCAAGAAGUACUCCGACAAAGUCCCCUUCAAAACAAACUCCCUUAGCUACACCCAAGAACAAACAGCUUCAGAGAGUCAAGGCUCUUAAGUCUCCUUCCUCGGCCGGUGGCCGUGGAAGGCGGAGUUCUUUUCGUGCUUCACCGAUCCGACCAAGAGAGUCUAAAUCUUUAUCAG